AUGUACUACGACCUCUUCGUGCCCUUCCCAGUGCCAGACGCACCUGCCACUACAAAGAAGAGCAAGGGAAAAGCCAAGGCCGCCCCCGUCGAGGCAGGACCAGCUCCCACCGACUGCUGGGCCGGUCUGUCCUCGACUGAGCGUGCCGAAGUCGCACGUACCGUUGCUCUCGAGGGCCACUCGCACACUGUCACCUCGCCGCAGUCCACCAACGUCAUUGCUUGCCCGUUCGGUAGCCCCGAGGCUCGCCUUCUCCCAUAUGCGGACCUGGACCCUCGCUUCGCCAACACGAGCUCUGCCAGCUCGUCUACUCAACCCACCCUAGUCCAGAUUGCGCGCUACCAUAUGCGUCUGGAUGACGGCAAGGCUCACCCGAUUACCGCCGGCAACACUGCCGCCCUUCGCAAUUAUGACAUUCUCUCCGCCUACGUUGGCAGCGACAAGGCUCUCCAGCUUGCGUGCACAGAUCUGUCCAACCCUGGCCCCAACCAAAUCUCCAUCAUCACCGUUCCCCUCCACGAGCGGCCAUACCACUUCCGCCUGAACCGCAAGCAGAUCAGGCAGGCGCAGCGCAACGGCGUGGUGUUCGAAAUUCUCUACUCGGCUGGUCUCUUCCCUUCGCGGUCUGUUCCCCCAGACGUCGCUCGCAAAUACCGCCAGAACUUCCUGUCCAACGCUCGCGAGCUGGUGCGUGUCACCAACGGCCGCGGCAUCAUCUUUUCGUCGGGACCCGGUGGCAGCCCAGAGGGUCUCCGUGGUCCUAUGGACAUUGUUAAUCUCGCGACGAUUCUUGGUGUGCCUGCCAACUUUGCAAAGGAGGCCGUGUCCAACACACCAAAGAUGGUUCUUCUCCGAGCUCAGGCACGACGCACCUACAAGGCUGUUCUUUCUGCGCCACGCAUUGUCCCUCCUCCUGGCGCCGAGGUCGAGAUCGAGGCCGAGGCGGUGAAGACGGGAGCCGAUGGAGAUGUGGAGAUGGCGACGGUGGAUGCCGUCACAGCCAAGCCUGUGAAGCGUACAUCGGAUGCGGACGGACCUGCGAAGAAGAAGAAGAAGGUCAAGUCCAAGUAG